CAGGAGGACCAGAGUCACACCCGCAUCCAGUUUACCCAGAGGAGCAUCCAUAAUUCAGUCUACCAGGAGAUUAAAAUAGGCACUUUUCCAGAAACGAUGCUGGACAAGCUGGGACACUUGUCACAGGGUCAGGCUCAGCCCGGAGCAGCGGACAGGAUGACCGAGGGCAGCGUUACCGUGCUGAACCCGGAGCAGCGGCAGCCCGGCUCCAGCCCGCUCCACAGACUCUACUGCAGGAACGGAGGACAUCACCUCAGGGUGCUGCCCAGCGGAGCCGUGGACGGCAGCAGACAACACAACGAUGCCUACACUGUCCUGAAGGUGAAAGCUGUGAGUGCAGGUGUGGUGGCCAUCAAAGGGCACGAGACCGGACGUUUCCUGGCCAUGGACAAAAGUGGGAAACUUUACUCUACUGCCACACUAAACGACGAGUGCUACUUCAUUGAGAAGCUGGAGGAGAACCACUACAACACCUACAGAUCACACAAGUAUCAGCAGCUUGGCGACUGGUACGUGGGCAUCAAGAAAAGUGGGCAGACAAAGAACGGCCCCAAGACCCACAGAGGCCAGAACGCUGUGUACUUCUUGCCCAUCCCAGUCCAGUGAAAUCCAGCGUCCAGUCAAGUUUUUAGCUCUAUUAGACCAUUUACUGUGCUUACUAAUGCAUUUUUACAGCAUCACUGAUCAGUUCUGUAGAAAAUAUGAAUCUUUCUAUUUUAAUAAUUUAUUUUCUCUCUCGAUGUAUAUAGUAGUGUAAAGAACUAGAUUUUACAUGUUUUGUAGAGCUUUGCUACAUCACACCUACUGUAUGUUGACUGUAUGCAUUUAUAUUAAAAGUAUUUUCAUAUUAAAAAAGAUAAUUUUA